CAUCGCCUAUUGUUUCUUAUGCAACGCAAAGAGACACACUCUCUCUCUCUCUCUCUCUAAAAAUGCCUCUCACUCUGCAAAUCAAGAACAAUUCCCCUGACAAAUCGUUACUCCUCGCCUUCUAACAUAGAAUUGCCCCUCUUUCGUUCUUCUUCACGCAGACUCAGCCAACUCGUGUCACCGUGUGAUUCUGUUUUUUUUUGUUCAUCAUCCUUUUCCUGUUCGAGUCAGGUGAGUGUGACUCAGUCCGAGCGAGUGGUUGGUUAGAUUUGGUGGAACGAGAAAUGAAAUCCUUGAUUCAGAGCUAAGAUUUUUUAGAAUGGCGAUCAAGGGCGUCGAUUUCAAGUGGUACGAUGGGUUCUUCUUGUCUAUGCUUGCCACAAGUAUAAUUAUUGUGGCAAUCAAUUGGGGGAGAUACCACUCGUGCACGUACCCGUUGCACAUAUGGAUCGUGGUCGAUUACACCACGGUGUUUAUUUUCCGGCUAUUAAUGUUUGUGGAUAAUGGAUUAGCUUCCGGAAUGGGAUUGGAUCUUGGUUGGCAGCAAAGAUAUAAGCGUUUUCGUGGACGGAUAGUUGUACUCUCGAUUCUUGUUUUGUUACUCUAUCCCUUCCUUUCAGCUUGGACUAUCAUCGGUACGAUGUGGUUCACUCGUGCCAAAAGUUGUUUGCCUGAAGAUGGUCAGAAAUGGGGUUUCCUUAUUUGGAUUCUCUUCAGCUAUUGUGGGCUCGUUUGCAUCGCUUGUAUCUGUAUCGGAAAGUGGGUAACAAGAAGGAAGGCGCAUCUAUUGCGUGCACAACAAGGGAUUCCCGUUUCGGAAUUCGGGGUUUUAGUUGACAUGGUUAGAGUGCCCGAUUGGGCUAUUGAAGCUGCCGGACAAGAGAUGAGAGGAAUGGGCCAAGAUGCCGCUACUUACCACCCCGGAGUUUACUUAACCCCAGCUCAGAGAGAAGCAGUGGAGGCACUAAUUCAAGAACUGCCAAAGUUCAUGCUGAAGGCGGUCCCCACCGAUUGCAGCGAGUGUCCUAUAUGCUUGGAGGAAUUUCACGUUGGAAAUGAGGUACGAGGGCUUCCUUGUGCCCAUAAUUUUCACGUGGAGUGCAUUGAUGAGUGGCUGAGAUUAAACGUGAAAUGCCCGAGAUGCCGUUGCUCUGUUUUUCCGAACCUGGAUUUAAGUGCACUGUCGAAUAUUCAGACGGAUAUCGAGAGGCCCUCGAUUAAUGUUGUUACAACAACAACAACAACAACGGCGCAGUAUGUAAGAAACGAGACUCCGAGUCAGAGCUAUAUGUUGAGAAUGCAAGGCUUGCUCCACCCGGUGAACUCUGAAAAUGGUCGACCCGCCACUGAAACGGAUAGUCCGGCUGCAAAUGGAGCCCCGGAAAAUAUGGGGCCCGUUCAUGUGGUGGUGGUUGAAGAGCCCGGCCCGCCUCGCCCUUGAAUUUUUUUUUAAUUUUUUUUUUGUGAUUAAAAGAAAUCCAGACAAUUACUUGGAACAGGGGAAAUAUGGUGGUGGCUAGUGUUUUUGUGAUACUUGUAGAAUUGCUUUUUGUUUGUAUUUUUAGUUUUUUUACCAUCUUUUUUAAUUUC